GCGGCGAGUGGGCCGCCGCGCCUGCGCGACCCUUCGGAGCCGGGCGGCAUGGCGGGCGGGGCCCGGGAGGUGCUCACGCUGCAGUUGGGCCACUUUGCGGGCUUCGUGGGAGCGCACUGGUGGAACCAGCAGGAUGCUGCGCUGUGCGCCCCGACCGGUGCCAAGGAACCGCCGGGAGAACUGUGUCCCGACGUCCUAUACCGGACCGGCCGGACGCCCCACGGCCAGGAGACGUACACGCCUAGACUCAUCCUCAUGGAUCUCAAGGGUAGCCUGAGCUCCCUAAAACAAGAAGGUGGACUCUACGGGGACAGACAGCUGGAUGCAGCAAUAGCAUGGAAGCUGGACAGCUGCGAGGAACGGUCACUGAAAUCCUUCUCCGUUCCCCCCCCCCCCCCCCAGGGAGUGUUGAGUAGUGAUGGGAUCUGGAGGGUCAAGUCCAUUCCCAAUGGCAAAGGUCCCCCACCGCUGACCACUGCUGCAGCCCCCAAACCAUUCACCCCCACAGAGGACAGCAUCAGAGUCUGGUCGGAUUUCCUCCGGGUCCAUCUACACCCCCGGAGCAUCUGUAUGAUUCAGAAGUACAACCACGAUGGGGAAGCAGGUCGCCUAGAGGCUUUCGGCCAAGGCGAGAGCAUCCUGAAGGAGCCCCGGUGCCUGGAAGACGUGGAGGACAGGCUGCACUUCUACGUGGAGGAGUGUGAUCACCUGCAGGGCUUCCAGAUCCUGUGUGACCUGCACAACGGCUUCUCUGGGCUAGGUGCCAAGGCCGCCGAGUUGCUACGAGACGAGUACUCAGGGCGGGGAAUAAUAACCUGGGGCCUGCUCCCUGGGCCCUACAGUCGUGGGGACCCCCUGAAAAACAUCUAUCGUCUGCUGAACACAGCGUUGGGCCUGGUGCACAUGUCCGCCCACAGCUCUCUGGUCUGCCCCUUAUCCUUGGGCGGGGGCCUGGGGCUGCGACCGGAGCCACCCGUCACCUUCCCCCACCUGCACUAUGACCCCGCCCUGCCUUUCCACUGUGGUGCCAUCCUGGCCACAGCCCUGGACACCGUCACUGCUCCGUACCGCCUCCGUUCCUCGCCAGUCUUCAUGGCUCACCUGGCAGACAUGCUGAACUUCUCUGGGAAGAAGGUGGCGACUGCAGCGGCCACCAUCCCCUUCCCCUUGGCCCCAGGCCAGUCCCUUCCCGACGCCCUGGUGCAGCUGGGAGGGGCUGCCACGUGGACCCCCCUGUCUGCAUGUGGGAGCCCUUCUGGAACGUGCUGCUUCGCCCAGUCCGUGGUGCUGAGGGGUCUGGACAGAGCGUGCCACACCAGCCAGCUGGCCCCGGGGACCCCUCUGCCCUCGCCGCUGCACGCGUGCGCCACUGGGGAAGACGUCCUGGCCCAGUAUUUACAACAGCAGCAGCCCACAGUCAGGAGCUCGGCCCACUUGCUGCUGGCUCCCUGCAUGGUGGCUCCCCCGUACCCCCAGCUCUUCUCCCCAGGCCUCAGCCAGCACGGUUUGGUUGUGGAUGGUCCCCCAUCUGGGGCAGCCGUGGAGAGCAUCCCAGUGCUUGGGGCCCUCUGCUCCUCCUCGUCCUUGAACCGGACCCUGGGAGACCUGGCUAGAGAGCUCACCAAGCUGGAUGUGCGGCGCUGGGCCAGCUUCCUGGCCGCCGGCGUGGAGCAGGGGGACCUGGACGAGGCCCUGCAGGAGCUGCGCAGCCUGGCCCAGUGCUACCGGAGUGGGGGUGGCCUCGUGGACUAAGGCUUCCCAGGAACAGGAAAGAGCUGGUUUACAAUAAAAACUGCUGGGUAUAGGA